ACCAAACUUCCCGUUCGAAAAGCGCGCUUCCCAUGUUAGGCAUUUCAGCAACUUAAUGAACCCUAGUGGUUUGAUGCUUGGUGAAAUUUUAACGCGAUUUCGAAAAUCUCGCUUCACUUUUGUUUGGUUAAGUUGCUAUUGUUGGCGGGUUGUAUCUGUGUGAUUGUAUUGUAUUGUAAAGCUCUUCCGUUUAGGGCGUAAUUUCAGAGUGAUAACCGAUUGAUGAACGCAAUGUUGUCAUGUAAUCCAGUAAUGGAUACUUAUAAAACAGCAUAAUAGAUUUUGGCCCCCAAAUAAUUCGAAAUCAUAGACAAGACCACUGAGCAGAUGAAUUUUUCAUGUAAUAAAAUAACAUCCUUGUAUGCGAAAUAUAAGCUCAAAGUGAACAUAGUAAAAUGCUAUGGGUGAUUGGAGGAAACUAGCUUGCAGGUCACGUGUUCUUCAAUCAACUCAAACCUGACUGUUAGGCCUAAUCUUUGAACAUAGUGUUAUCCUGUGAAAGGAGUACUCCUUUCACAGUAUACUAUACUGUUCACCAGUCCAGUCGGAAAGAACUGGGAAGGGUCAGACCAAAAUGUAGCGUUAGUCCAUGAAUUUAUUGACUGUUGGUUCUUCAAAAUCAUCCAUCUUUAUCCAUAGUCAUUCUCAAUAUCAGUGAUACUACUAUAGUAUUCAUCUUGGCAAUUCCAUUUAGUCCUGUUGAUAUGGUGUAGUAAUUUGGGCCAGGUUCUGCGUUGUUUAUGGCUAACUGACCUGUUGACAUGUUUCAUUCAAGCAUUGCACCUAUUAUAGCUCUUUCGCAUGAAGUGAAGCUUAGUUGACUCUUUGUUGUUCUCUUAAUUUUCGUAAUUUCAGGUUGUAUCAUCUCAUCUAUUUUAGAAUCGUCAACAGUCGAAGUGACGGAUUUUUUAUUGAUACGCUAACUUUCGGCACAAACACGUAGAUGUAGCUUUUUUACCCCGAACACUUUCAAAUUUAUUAUCUGACAAGUUUCAUAACGAGAAAAUAUGGUUAUAACGGUGCCGUCUUUAGAUGAUGGGAGUGGGAGCAAUAGUAUAAAUUCCACCUCUAUCCUUCCGAUGACUCAAGAACAGAAAGAUUGGUUGUUAGCUAUCGUUGACUGUGAUCAACCGAAAAUGACAAGAAUGCUUAAUCAACACCCUGAAUUAGCUGUAUGGAAGACUAGUAUCAAUGGAGUAAGUAAAAAAGUAUUUUGUAUAAAACUUAUUAGUUAAGAUAAAAUACAAAAAUUUAUUUUUUUAGUUCUAGUACAUGAUUAAAACUUUUAUAGUUAACUGAAUACAUUUGGUUAAAACUGGAAUUGUGCCCAAUAGUUAGAAAUAAAAGAAGUAUUCGAAAUAGGCGUUACUAAGAUUACAGUUCUUUCGAUAUCGUAACUGAUAUGUAUUUAUGAAACAGCCUGAGAAUUAUUUUCUGACUUUUUACGAUUUUUUGUAAGCUACCUCUUCAGAAAGCAAAUAAUUCCCAAUCCGAUACACCUUUUUUUACAUAAAGUUGUAUAUUUCCCUAAUUUUCUGUGGAAUAACUUCGCUUAUAGUAAUACUGUAACACAUUCAAGGUUCACUUGAAUAAAAAUACUUUCAAGUAAUAUUUCUAAUCAUAAGUUUCUUUGAAUUAUAUUACUAGCUUAUCGUAGAAUGACCAAGUGAACACUUCUGAGGUUAGGCCUAGGGUACUUGGGGAAGAUAACAAUUUAAUUGAUGAGAUUGUAAAUCCCCAUCAACUGAUUUAGUUAAAAAAUAUAUUAUCUAUCAUCUACCACCACCUGUCAUAAUAUGAAUUGUUGGCUGGUGUGAAGUUAGAUUAGAAGCUGGGGCGGUAAAUUUAGGUUAAAUUUAGUGACUACUGGUUUGAGUCAUGUUAAUACUUCCAGACUAUGUGAUUAGGGUUCGCGCUUAUCGUAACCAUGGUUGUUAUGCAUCAAUAUCAAUCGAGAUGGCGUGGAUGCAUUCAGUUGUUGUUGCCACUUAGAUCAUGAGUUCCGAAACUGUCUUAUACCUUUUUAUCCCACGGGUUUGUAUUUUUCUGGGAUCGUAUUUUCUAUAUCCACUUUUUCUACAAUUACUGAUACUGUUGCUACUUCUGAGAGCCUCUAUGAACUCCUCGCUAUCAUUCCUAGCACAUUGUCACAAAUUAUUUGAUAUUCGUCUCCUUAAUUUUCUGUAAUCGUAGUUGUGUGGUUUGUUAACUUAGAUCAAUGUACGUUUGUGCCAGGCCCUACGUCAAUUAUGACUUGAGUAACAUUCAUUUUAUAAUUUACUUUUUCAAGUACAAAUCAUGGAAAUCAAUAGGCUCCCAAUUUAUUGAAAUCCCCUAAAAGUAUGUAUAUAUAUAUAUAUAUAUAUAUAUAUAUAUAUAUAUAUAUAUAUAUAUAUAUCAUGCUUCGAUAUAACACAUAAUAUUACUAACGCUUUACGUAAUAUGUGUGUUUUGGGGAACCAAGUACUUUGACCUGUACUCGGUUAGUGAAUUAUAUUCGAUCAAAAUUUGUCUUUUUAAUUAACUACUUUUAAAGUUACAUAAUCAGAAUUAGUGAAUACAUUGACAUAGUUUCUUUAUUUUAACAUUAUUUGAGAUGUUCAUAUCUUUUCCUAUGAUGACAAUAGUACAACAGUUUUUCAACAUAUUACCUCUUUAUUUAAAUUUUGAUUACUUGUUAAUCUUAGAAAUAGAUACAUUUCCUGUUGCAUACAAAAUGUUAUAACAAUAAAAGUUGUUUUAGUUCCUAUAUGUUGUCGUGUGAUAUUAAGAACUAAUUAAUCUCAUCAUGUCUUAUAGUAAUCGUACAACAUUCCAUUUUUUUAUUCUCACUCAUAACAAAUUCACUUUUCCUCUUUGAAUACUAUUUUUAAUCUAUGGCGAAUAUGAAAAAUCCAAUUGAAAAACAGUAUACUGCACUACAUUAUGCAGCUAAAUAUGGAGAUUGUGCUGCUAUCCGAUUGUUACUUGGAAAUUACCAUGUUCAAGUUGAUGCUCAGUCAUGUGAGGGUAUGACUCCUUUACAUUUGGCCGCUGCCAACGGGAAUGAAGAUGUUAUAUUCUUAUUAACUUCCGUGUACAAAGCUAGAACUGAUAUACGAGAUUUUUGUGGACGGUUACCAAGCGCUUAUCUGCCUAAAGAAAAGGAGGCAUUAGCAAAAUGUUAACAAAUGCGAUUCAAAUUUUGUAAGUUGAUAGAGGCGCAUUGCGAAGCAUGUGUGCAUGAAGGAUACUUGUUGCUUGUUGUAUUCAUAACUUGCUUUACUAUCGCUCAAUAGUGUUUAAUUUGUCCUGGCGACAAACAGUAAAAAAAAACGUAUCAUUCACAAUACCUACACAUUUUUGAUGUUGUAAAAUAUUAUGUUAUCUGUGCGAAACUUUUGUAUAUCACGUAAAUAUUAAACUGUUUAUAGUAUCAUCAUUCGCAAAAUAUAUAUGCAACAACUUUAACCCAAUGACCGAGUUACACGUAAAAAUGCAUAACUUAAGAUUUGCUUGCAAGCAUGGAACUAUUAUUGUAAAUAAAAUGUACACAUAUAGUCUCGUAUUAUGAGAGAUUAGAGCGUCAUUUAUACAAUAAGAGGCAUAAUCUAAGAAUAGAAUGAUGGCACACACUGUACGUAGUUGUAUCAUGCGAGAAUACUAGCAAAUGAUACAAAUAAAUUAUUACUGUUGAAACUUCUAGAGAUUGUUGAACGUUAUUGAAAUUACGAAGCGAUCAUAAUUACACAGCCAUCGAAGCAAUGGAUAUCUAUUUCGUCCUAGUGGGUACCUAAGUUCAAUCAGUCCAACAACCUCCACAAACCCUCAUACUUAUAACUAACAUGUGUUCAUCAAUAACUAACUUCGAGAAGAAAUUCUCGGUUCUCCAGUGAGAAGCUGAAGUCCAACCGUUUCAAGUAUGAUUCAGUUAUCCACUGAAAACGACGAUAUCGCGAGCUGGCUGGAGUUAAACCCGUCGACCAUUAGAUACCCGUCCAGCAGUUUAAAAGUUAAGUUUUCUAUGCGAGGCCUGAAGGUCUUGGGUUCGAUUUGUGAUGGGGUCGUGGAUACGCGCUGCUGAGAAGUCCCAUAUUAGGACGAAACAGCUGUCCAACGUUUCCUGAUUGCUUAAAUAAGUUAAGCGCUUGUUUCCUGUGGUCUGUUUUAUACAUGUCAAUUUUUAACGCAUGUAUUUUGCAUGUUUGCACUUGGUAUGACACUACUGGUGUUUUUUUUACAAAGCUGGGGUUCAGUAGUGGUUUAAGCUCAUAAAUUGUGUUAAAUGUGAUGUUUUAUAUAUUUUACUUCGGUUUGAGGAGCCUUGUAUAAAUUUCUAGCGCAUAAAAUUGUACUAUCAUAUUGAGUUGCAUUAAUUUGCAUUUAACUGUUGCGUGUAUUGCUCAGCGAUGUGCUCCAGAAUCGAAUAUUUGGUAUUUUUUUACUUGCUGUUGUGUUUAGAAUACCUUCCGAAUCCUUUGCGCGUCCUAUUGCAAAAUUGUAAUAAUUAUUUAUAUUUGUUAGUGAGCCAACCAGAAACAAACCGAUUGCCAUCUGAUCCUGUUUCAAACGAAGAUAAUAGUAAUAAUGAGUGUAGUAGUGAUUGUGGGUUAGUGAAUAAUCUUAAUGCUCUACCUCCUACACCAAUUAAUUCUCAUUUUCCAUGGAGUCAAAGUAAUCAAAACUGCACAGAAGAAUCGCGUCGACAAUCAUCUCUUUCGCAAGGCCUAGGUUCAUUUCGUAGCGGGAAACGUGAUUCUUCAAGAGAUAGGCAUAGAAUGUACAAAACCCUACCGUCUGGAGUGGUCAAUAAAAUAAUGUGCUUUCCACUAGUAGACUUGAAAUUCGUAAAUACGGGUUCCAGAAUUCCUACAGUCAAGCUAAAAUUUGAUGAUCCAAAAAGAAUUUUCGAUUCAAAUUUUCGGUAUGAUGAUGUAAAACUCAUCCAAAAUGUAUACACACAUAUUCGUCAGAGGCGUAAAAGAGCUUCGUUUUAUUAUAAUCCAUGUAAUCCUGAGAGUACUAAAUCAUCGGAACCAAAUGUAAGAGAUAAUACUAGCCGCUUAGGACCAUCAAAUUUACGUUCAACUAUUGGUCGUCAAUUAAAGCGCCACAUAUAUAAUGCUCGCAGUGCGAUGUCGGCGACGCAAAAAAAUGAACUAACUGAACUUGUAAACAAUAAUAAUGGUAGUGAUGAUGACGAUGAAUUUACUGAUCCACCAACUCCAACAAAUGAACUGAAUGAUGAAGAGAAACAAUAACUUUUGUAUCGG